AUAUUUCCAUAUUACAUGAAGUGGGCUCUAUACUUUAUAAAUAUGGCGGAACGCAUAAGGAACUCUGAUUGGCACAUGAUUGGCCAUAUUCGCACGUGGGAUAUAUUUUUGAAUUUUGAUUAUUUAUAUUUAUUAACACUUUGAAAUUGCUACCAUUCCGAAGGCUGUUUCUCUAAACUAUGUCAAAACGAAAUUUCAAAGAGUAUUUUGCAAAGUUUAAGGAGCGAAUCUCAAAAAAGAGAAGAAAAGAAGAAAAAAGUUCCAAGUCGUACAUGGACUAUAUCACAGUUCAAAGAUUGUCGUCUCAUGUCGAAGGAAGGUAUCAAAAAUACGCAAGGAUUGGGCCGUUAGCAAGUGUUCCUUUUGGUGGAGAACCAACAAUCGAAAAUAUUAAAGAGGCAUGCAAGCGCUAUUUCAACGUGGAAGACGGGUCGUGCUGUGAUGUACUAGCUGGGGAGAGAGGGCCAUCUUGGACUGAAACGAGUCAGAUAAAUAACUGGAAGGUAAUCCAUGUUCGUUUUAUUGAGGGAAGUGAUGAGAGCCAAUUGUAUGGUCAUGUUCUAAAUUACACAAAUGUUUACUUUGGAAGGCUUUAUAGUGAGUUUGUAACAUUGGAAAAUUAUAUAGAGGGUGAAUUUCAAAAGUAUGUGAACAACACUGGUGAAGUUUGUGGGAGUUGUGAGGUAACACUCAAGGCAGAAUCAUUCUGUCACUAUACCUAUGAGAAGUCUGGACAACAACUAAUGGUUUUGGACAUCCAGGGAGUAGAUCAUAGUUUGUUUGAUCCAGAGGUUGCAAGUUCAACUCUUAUUGAUGAGAUUGACAGGACAAUUUUCUUUUGCUGUGGCAACCUUUCGACAGAUGCCAUUGAUAGGUUUAAGGUAGAGCAUGUUUGCAACAAAUUUUGCCUUAUGCUUAAGCUCAAAGAAAUGUAGAUAAUAUAGUUAAGUUUU